ACGUAAGUCACAUCGUGUGUAUCAUUUGUCCAAGAUAUUAUAUGAUGUUUAAUCAUUUUGAUUCGAAGUGCGUUUAUUAAUUGUUUUUUGAAUGAAUGAUUAACGUAUUACCAAAUUAAUAAUUCAAGUAUGCUUACGAUAAACAAUAAAUAUUAUGUACUAUGAUGACUUGUCAACAACUAACUACAGUGUGCAUCUUUAUGACCACAUGUCAAAUCGUGCCCGGACAAUUGUUCUCCAACAUUCAGAGACACAUUAUCUCAAGCCAGUACCCGAAUUCCAUGCUGAUCUACGGCGUGUUGCGGCGGCCACCCGACGGCUACCAUUACGAAACGAUAAAACACAUCUUGAAUACUUACCCGAAGAAUUCGUAUCAGAUAAGGCACGGUUUAGCGAACACUGUCAACCAGAAUAAUCGUGGGUCGUCAUCACCAGACAAGAAUAAGGGGUUCAAAAAGUCAAAAAAAAAAUCGAAAAAUAAGAACUCUAAAAACAAUAAUGACAACGACGGUAGUGACGCUGGCGACGGCGGUGGGUUACCGCCGGAUGAUUCAACACUGCCGGACGCGACUCCACCGGAUGCGGAUGCACCGGCCGAUAGUCAGCCUCUAGAUUCCGAUCGGUAGAGCGAAAAGCGAAGCGGACCGACCGCGGUGUCGUUUUGUCAGCAAUUUUUCACAAAUUACUACAAUUUUAUAAUUUUACUGUAGAAAUCAAAUAUUGUACCGCCGUAUUAGGUACCAAUGAUGAUUUGAAUUUGUUCCGUUUUUACUGCAAAUUUAUAAUGAUAUUUUUACAAGUCCAAAUUGUCAAUAUUAUAACAGUCAAUGAAAAGUUUAUAAUUACGUUUUUAAAUAUUUACCAUACAACUGUUACCUUUGAUAAUUUAUUUUUGCAUAAAAUUUAAAAGACUUAAGUCUUACUAAGAAAAUCUGUAUAUUUUUUUUGACUAGAUCGAUGUGAAAAAUAGCAGUCAAGUGGUUUUACACCUUAGUUAUCCUCUUAGGUGUCGAGUGGGUCACUGCGGUUGGAUGUGUUAAUUAUAAAUGUGAAUUCAACGAUACAUUAUUAUUAUUAUUGUACACGAAAAACAAUUUUAAGCCAAGACGGUGUGUCUGCAGCCUAUACGACUAAGUACUCGUAUAUUUCACGAUGUGUUUUUGUUAAAGCUAUUAAAGUCAGUUAUUUUACUAUUAAUAUUUUGGUAGAUUCAUUUAAUUUUAGCCGAAAACAUCGAAUAUUAUAAUAAUAUAUGUUUAUACUAUAUACUA